GUGCCCUCGCGCUCCCUCGGGCCGCCAUGGCCACCCCGCCCAAGCGCGGGCGGCACGACCGCCGCGUCAAGAAGGUCGCCGUGGAGGGCAACAUCGCUUCAGGGAAAUCCACCUUUGUGAAUAUUCUGAAACAAGCCAAUGAGGAGUGGGAAGUGGUUCCCGAGCCCAUAGCUAGAUGGUGCAAUGUCCACCAAAACUCUGGAAAUGACUGUGAGGAGCUGACCACAUCCCAGAGGAAUGGUGGGAAUGUGCUGCGGAUGAUGUACGAGAAGCCGGACAGGUGGGCUUUCACUUUCCAGACGUACGCGUGUCUCAGCAGGAUCCGAGCUCAGCUCAGCGCCCUCGAGGGCAAACUCCAGGACGUGGAGAAUCCUGUGAUCUUCUUCGAGCGGUCUGUCUACAGCGACAGGUACAUCUUUGCAGCUAAUUUAUACGAGUCUGAUUGCAUGACAGAGACUGAGUGGACUAUUUAUCAAGACUGGCACAACUGGAUGAAUGAGCAGUUUGGUUCAAGGCUGGUGCUGGAUGGGAUCAUUUAUCUCAGAGCCACUCCUGAGAAAUGCUUGAAUAGGAUUUUCGUGCGAGGAAGAGAUGAGGAACAAGAAAUCCCCAUUGAGUAUCUGGAGAAGCUUCACUGCAAACAUGAAAGUUGGCUCCAGCAUAGGACACUGCGAACAGAUUUUGACUAUCUACAGAAAAUUCCAAUUUUGACGCUAGAUGUUAAUGAAGAUUUCAAAGGCAAAAAGGACAGAUACGACCACAUGAUCGAAAAGGUCAAAGAAUUUUUGAGCACAUUAUAAUCCUCUUUGAAGUGCAGACAGAGCCAAACCAUUCCAAACAUCUGUGCGAUCAAAGUCUCAAGUGCAGCUUCUGCUUUUAUAGGGGGCCUCUGGAGAGGCAGGACUCAAUCCUGGUGAUUUGACUGUGAGGAACAAAUAAACUUUGUGAAUAGGGAAAUUACUAAAUAAAUCAGUAUGUCUGUUCAGUAUUGUGUUAAGUAACACACACAGAUUCUGAAGAGACAAGGAUUCUGAGCGUUCCCAAAUAUUGCACCAGUUUUUGAUCAGACUGAUGAGUUCUAGAGUAUUUUAUAGAUUUUUUAAAUUAAUUUUUUAUCCAGUUGCUAUUUAAUUUUUGAGAAGGUAGUGGUUUUUUAAAUCUUUUCAAUGUUUUUUAGUGGCAUUGAUUUGUAAUGGAUGUCUUGUUCUGAAGAAGGAAAAAGUGAAAACCAUUUUUGCUGCUAAGGGAAUUGCAAUGUAACCUGGAGUUUUAUAUUUUAAGGUACCAAAUAUGUCAUCUGAUGAUUUUGGUAGAUGAAGUUCUUCACAGAAUACAUGAAUUAAAUGCAAAUAAGGCUGACAUUCUGUAGCUGUCAAAUGAGAUUUUAUAUUUGUUUUCAAUAUGCACUGCCAACUAGGAUAUUCAGAGGCUUUCUGUUUUCUAGCAUGUUUGUUUGUUGGGUUUUUUUACCCUUUCUUUAAAGCUUUUAUUAAAACAGCUGUUUUUGUUGUUGAUAAAUCCUCUUCUCCUGGAGAGGAAUAUGUUUGCUUGCUGGGUACCGUAAUAGGAAGAAGAACAUUUUCCAAAUGGCCUCCAUCUGUAAAUGAUGUGUUUAGAAGCCAUCCCAUGAUCGCAUUUGGGAUGUCAGAGGUUGCUUCCUGCCUUUGUUCCAGCUGCUCCAUGUGUUUCCUGGGCCUUCUGGGUGCUUAUAUCAGAUCCUGCACUAUUUGAAGUAGGCUGUCCUGUCUCAACUGCUUCGAGUCAGAAGGGGACACCUGUGUGGAGUGGCUGCUGCUCCUUCUUGUAUUAACUGAGCCUCUUGUUGCAGGUGCAGAAAACACAAACUUGUCAGGGUGCACAUCUCACGUGUUGGGUUUUAUGAGCUGCUUUGUUCUGCUUUAAACGUUUCUGAGUGCACAGCUGGCUUUUGAAGGCAAAAUUGUAUUGCAAAGCAUUUUAUUGUCUACCUUGGUGCCGCUGUUACCCGCUGGUUGGAGAUGAGAUUUCUUCCUUUGUGGCUGCAAUUGUGCUGGCAUUCUCUAACCAUUGGCUGAAAAAUAAAAGUGGUUGGAAAGA